AUAGGUUAUGCAGAGACUGUUGCUUGCUUGUGUUGCGAUCUGCGGUGUCUGACUGAAGCAUUGAUAAUAUCAGCAGUAAUAAUAAAACAGUAAAUAUUAACUAGACCUUAGAUUGACUUUAGGUAGAAGAUGGUCAUGGUUAUUUGUUGUGCGUAAACGUGUUCGCCGGUUAGGUUUCCUAUUCAGUUACACGCGUAUGUCAAAAAGAAGCAGCUCAGGGAUUAGGUUAGCUGUGUGUGUUCACACAAAAUGAUGUCUAAAUUACCGGGAUCUACGGGAAUAUCACUUCUGGGUGACAAAUCACUGGAAUUUUAUCGAGAUCCAAUAACUUUCUGCGAACGUCGCAUUGAGAAGCAUGGCAGCCGAAUCUUUCAAGCAAGACUGCUCAACAAGUCAACAUCUUUCGUGUGCUCGGUUCAGGGAAUGAAAGAACUUCUUUGCGAUAAAUCAUCUGUGUUCCUGAAAGACCCCACUGAUGUCAUGACUUACAUGUAUGGAGACAACAUUGUUACGACCAAUGGGGAAGAAGCCAGUCUGCUUCGGCUGUCUCUCAUGAAUCUGUUCACGGGGAAGUGCCUGGCUUCCAGCUCUGAUUACAUUAAAAGUGUUUGUGAACGCAGCCUGAAGGACCUUUCCUCAAGUGCAGAGCCCCAGUCAGUCUACCCCAUAUUCAAGAGGCUGGGCUCGGAGCUGGUGCUGGGCCUGUUCCUGAACGUCAAGGCGGAGGAGACGCCUGAAGUGUUCGAGGAGAUCACUCAACUCUGCACCCUUCACUGGCACGGGAUCAUAUCCGCUCCUGUGAACAUUAAGGUGCCCCUGUGGUCCUCUGGCUUCAGCACGGCCCUGGAAGCCAGAGACAAGCUCAUGGAGAUCAUCAAAGAGAAGCUGGAGCUGGAGCAAGAGGGGUUUGUGGGGUGUCUGCGGGCUCUCCCUCUGCCAGAUGCCAGCUGUGCCUCUCAGCAUCUGCUGCUGUUCAUCUCGGCCCUCAUCCCCAAAGCGCUGGCCUCACUGCUCACCUCCUUCACACUGGCCCUGUGUGGGCCCGGCCAGGAAGAGGUGCGUGAACGAGCCAGGCAAGAUCCAAGGUACCUGGACCAGGUGCUGCUGGAGGUGCAGAGGCUGUGGCCUCCUUUCAUUGGUGGAAGACGGAUAGCGAGUCAGGACACCACGCUGGGAGGCUACCACAUCCCUAAAGGCUCCGCCACCAUGUAUGUAAGCUACACCGUCCACCGCGACCCCGAGGUGUUCCACCAGCCAGAUGAGUUUAGGCCGGAGAGGUGGUCAGGAAGGAAUGCUGGGCAGGAGAAUUUGCUGUGCAGUUUAGGAAACGGCCCCAGGAACUGUAUUGGAAUGCAGCUGAACCACGUAUUUCUCAAGGCCGUGUGUGGCUAUAUGCUGCAGCACUACGGGUGGGCUCUGAGCCCCUCCGACCAGAGCCUGCAGUACAAAUGGCUGCCUGUCAGCAGACCAGCGGAGCUGCCCAUGGUCAUCUUCACCCCGCUCCACGACCAAGCCUCACCUCAGUCCCACGGCAACACACAGGACAUACACACACACACAUGCCCUCACGCCGAAGCAAGGAAAGGCACUUCAGACUGACGAGUAGACAGGUGGGAGUUUUCAUAGGACAAAAAGCACUCUAGUAUAUUCAUUGUAGUGCAAUAUGGCUAAAUUAUUUUUUUUAGUGGGUAUGUUUGGGUGGAGGGGGACGGACCCUGCAGCAUUUAUAUUCUAUGGGAACCCCUCCCCCAACCCCCAUUCUAAAGAGGAUUUGUUUUACUUACACUAUCUGGCAUUGGAAAGAGACACUAUGAAUACACCAGUUCCCUGUUGCCUUGAAAGUAGGAGACAAAAUACAAAUAGACGCACAAAAAUAUGGCUGCUAGGUACAAUGAGAUGAAACUCCAGCAAAAUGCAGUCUCUGCCUCCCAUUGUCUUUCCUUCAAAUGAGUUCCCUUGCUGGCCUCGUCUUUUGCCCUACAUGCUGUCUGCGCAGUCAAAGCCCUUUAUGGACCAAGAUCCUCAGUCAUUUCCAUUUGUCUCGGUUGUGCUGUGUAUGAUUUGCUCAAUACAAUAAGAACCAUUUUGGUUCAAGACCAUCUGUGAAUGUUCGGCAUCUGUGGUCUUAGUUGUUUCAAAUGGGGUUUUUUUUGUCAUUGAGGAAAGCCGCAUGAAACAGCUACAGAGGAGAGGGUGUGAUAUAGACAUCAAGGAGUACCCUCUGAGUUUCCCUCUUUGCCUACUGCUCCCUCCCUCCCUCUUCUCUCUCUCUCUCUCUCUAUCUCUCCCUCCCUCCCUCUGUCUCUCACUCUGUCUCUUUCUUUCUCUCUU